GCCAGUCCGAGGCAGGUGCCCGACAUGGCGAGCGCUGUGCUGCCGAGCGGAUCCCAGAGUGCAGCGGCGGCGGCGGCGGCGGCGGCGGCGAAGGCGAAGGCGGCGGCGGCAGCAGCAUCGGUGGCAGCGCCUCCCGGGCUCCGGCUCCGGCUUGUGCUGUUGCUCCUCUCCGCUGCGGCCCUGAUCCCUACAGGUGAUGGACAGAAUUUGUUCACGAAAGACGUGACAGUGAUCGAGGGAGAAGUUGCGACCAUCAGCUGCCAAGUCAAUAAGAGUGACGACUCUGUAAUUCAACUCCUGAAUCCCAACAGGCAGACUAUUUAUUUCCGGGACUUCAGGCCUCUGAAGGACAGCAGGUUUCAGCUGCUGAAUUUUUCUAGCAGUGAACUCAAAGUGUCGUUGACAAAUGUCUCCAUCUCUGACGAAGGAAGAUACUUUUGCCAGCUCUACACUGAUCCCCCCCAGGAAAGCUACACCACCAUCACUGUGUUGGUCCCACCUCGAAACCUGAUGAUUGAUAUCCAGAAAGACACAGCAGUGGAAGGGGAAGAGAUUGAAGUGAACUGCACCGCCAUGGCCAGCAAGCCAGCCACAACCAUCAGGUGGUUCAAGGGGAACAAGGAGCUCAAAGGAAAAUCAGAGGUGGAAGAGUGGUCAGACAUGUACACGGUGACAAGCCAGUUGAUGCUGAAGGUGCACAAGGAGGACGAUGGGGUCCCCUUGAUCUGUCAGGUGGAACACCCUGCUGUGACGGGAAACCUGCAGACGCAGCGCUAUCUGGAAGUGCAGUAUAAGCCGCAAGUGCAUAUUCAGAUGACUUACCCUCUACAAGGCCUAACCCGGGAAGGGGAGACGCUUGAGUUAACAUGUGAAGCCAUCGGAAAGCCCCAGCCUGUGAUGGUAACCUGGGUGAGAGUUGAUGAGGAGAUGCCUCAACACGCUGUCCUCUCUGGGCCCAACCUGGUCAUCAAUAACCUUAACAAAACAGAUAACGGUACAUACCGCUGUGAAGCAUCCAACGUGGUGGGAAAAGCGCAUUCGGAUUACAUGCUGUAUGUAUACGAUCCCCCCACAACUCUCUCACAACCCACCAUCACCACCACCACCAUCCUUCCCAUCAUCACAGACACCACGGCGACGACAGAGCCAGCAGUUCACGGCCUUACUCAGUUGCCCAAUUCCGCAGAAGAACUGGACAGUGAGGACCUCGCAGAUUCCCGAGCCGGGGAGGAGGGCUCCAUCCGGGCAGUGGACCACGCCGUGAUCGGCGGCGUCGUGGCUGUGGUGGUAUUCGCCAUGCUGUGCUUGCUCAUCAUUCUGGGCCGCUACUUUGCCAGGCAUAAAGGCACAUACUUCACUCACGAAGCGAAAGGAGCCGACGACGCGGCCGACGCAGACACGGCGAUCAUCAACGCAGAAGGAGGGCAGAGCAGCUCGGAAGAAAAGAAAGAGUACUUCAUCUAGAUCGGCCUUUCUGUUUCAUGAGGUGUCCAGCCGGCCCUAUUUAGAUGAUAAAGAGACAGUGAUAUUGGAACUUGCCAGAAAGUCUGUGUGUUUUUUCAUGGUUGGGUGGAAAGGUGUGAGACUGGGAAGGCUUGGGAUUUGCUGUGUAAAAACAAACAAAAAGAAAUGUUCUUUGGAAAGUACUCUCUGCUGUUUGACACCUCUUUUAUUUUCUUUGGUUUUCUUUUUUUCUUUUUUUUUUUUUUUUUUUUUUUUGGCUUUUCCUACUACCAAGUCAUUUCGGAUUCUUGGAUUUCGUUCUUUUGGAUAAAUUGCAGAAAAUUCUGUGCCUUGUUUUUUUGUUUUUUGUUUGUUUACUGCAUAUCCCCCUUCCCUUUAUUUUUCUCCUUUGUGUACAUUUUUUUCCCAAAAAUAUUUGGGACUUUUUUUUUUUCCUUCCAAAUCUCCCAUUUUGGAUUUAGCCUGCUGGGAUUCCUUAGAACUUUUUCCUCCUUUAUUUUAUUACCUUUUUCUUUUCUUUUCUUUUUUUUUAACUUUUUCGUUUGUUCUCAAAGUAACUACUUUCUGUUUUAAAAUUCAAUUUUUCCUUUAAAAACUAAAAAGAGAAAGGAGAACCAGCACAGUUUAGAUCUCCUAGUUCAGAAUUUAGUGUAUCCAUAAUGCAUACUUCUCUGUUGUCGUCAAGAUUUGGGUGAACUCUGAGAACUCUCCGCCGCGGCCCAUGUUUUGAAUACUUUAGAGCGGCGAAGACUAGAAACUUAGACUGUGAUUCCGAAACUGUUCUGUUUGCUGUGGAACUACAUUACUGUACAGGGUUAUCCGCAAGUGAGGUGUGUCCCAAUGAGGUUGAAUCUGUCUUUAAUUCUGUAUCUGUAGACGGCUCAGUAGAGAUACCCCACACUGGCUUUAGGAAGGUCUGGGGCAGAAGGGGCGCCUCCUUUUUUUCCCAAGGCCCAAAACAGACCCCACAGGCGAGGUCUGUUCUUUUUUUUUUAUAAGUGGACACAUGUUAUUUUGCCACAGGAGGGCAAGUAGGGAGCGGGGAAACGAGAGUUCUGCUCUGGUUAUUUCGGUUCCAAAUGUUUCCAUCCACCUUUCCCAAUCGGCCUUACUUACUUCUCACUAAUUGGUAGGGAAAAGGCAAGUCCGUGUGGUGUGUGAAUGAAUGGGACAGAUUUUUGGGGUUUUAUUUUUCUUCUUUUUUUUUCCACCCCCUUUAUGCUUUGUUAGGAAGGCAGUUAAGAUGUGGCCUGCAUGUACUGUAUAUUACAGAUAUUUGUCGUGCUGAGAUUUCCAACUUAAGUUCAGGCGAAACUUUUGUUCCUUCUGAUUUGGCUUGACAAAGGCAGAAGGCACCAAAAAAUAAAGAGGGGUGGGGGGGCGGGAUUGUUCUCUCGCUAGCCUGCUGGCCACCUCAUCCUUGAUUGUUCAGAGCAGAAGUGGGAAAACAGCAUGUAGGGAUCUUCAGUUACACAAUCAGAAGUCAAAUGUGAGUGUUUUUAUCUUUUUACCUUUCAUACACUGGCCUUGGCCUCUUUCCUCAGCCUUAAGAGCCAUGACCGACUCUUGCCUGACACAGCCAUAGUGCAGAGCAGCUCGGGUCGGCUCCCUUGAUGGGGGCCUAGGCUGGAGCCUCAGGAAGAGGUAAAGGAGUCAAGAAGCCCCUUGAUGGAUUGACCCGGAAUUUUUUUGUUUUGGUUUGUUUUUGGGGUUUGGGGGGGUUGGUUUUUUGUUGUUGUUUUUUUUUUUCAACAUGGAGAUUUUCAUAGACAUCUCGAAAAUCUACAAGUAGUCCUCAAGGACGAAACCCAAACUCUUACCGUAUGUUUUGGUAAGACUCCAGACUCCAGAAUACGGUCCUGAUGGAAAGAUGGCAUCAAAAAAAGAAAAAAAAAAAAGAAAAAAAAAGAUAGAUCUCUCUCUAUAUAUAUAAAUAUAUAUUAUAUAGCAUUUUCAGUGAGUGCUUUUGGAUUUUGCAAGGUGCAUUUUUACUCUUGUUACAUUAUGUGAAAAACUUUGGCUGAUUUAUUUAAGGGGAAAACAAGUGUCAACUCUCUGUUCUUGGAAAGCGUGUUUUUUUGUUGUUGUUGUUGUCUUUCCUUUCUUUUUAUCCUUUGAUAGAUCCAUUGCAAUUAUGGGGGCCUUUUGGGAACGGACUGGUCUAUUAAAAAAAAUUCAUAACCAGCAGCUUUUUGGUCUCCCCCCACUCUCCCCCCCCACCCCGCCUCUCGCCUAAGCACUUACCCAAGAUAAAAAAAAAAAGCCACAAGGAACGUCCCUUUUUCAAUGACUUUUGUACCAUACAGCUGUGCUCUGAGCCCUUAGCACCCACCCCAAGCAUAGUAUGACCGUGUCAAAGGGUGACAACCAUUGAGCAUGUUGUUGGCAGGUUUUCUUUUGUUGACAUCGUCAUUUUUGUUCUUAGGAAAGAAUCAAAGAUGCCCCCCUCCCGUUGCUCCCCGAGUUGGCAUCUCAUCGUUGGCCCCACCACCUUUCCGUUUUGCUACGUGUGCAGUAGAUACCGUGUCCCUGACGUGACUGUGGCUUACAAUGUUGACAUGUCUCAGGUCCCUGUGUUUCGAUUGGUGUUUUCCGUCUCAGGUAGAUUGCAAAGUGUAGGCCCCACGCAUUGGAAAGAUAAUAAUUAAUAAUAAUAAUAAUAAUAAUAAUAAAACCAAGCAAAAAACAGGAAAUUAUGGGUUUUAGUUGUAUAUUGGUUUAUGUAUUCUUUCUUACGUAUAUAGUGCACUGUUUGAAAUGUAUUGUUGAGUAUUACUUUGUACAGGUUGAUCCCUUUUUUUUAGAGUGAAGAAAGAACAAACUUGGGUUUUUUUCCUUUUUUGUGUUUUUUAAAGGAAUAUAAAAUAAUGAAGGAUGUAUAAUUGAUGCCAAAUAAGCUUGUUCUUUAGUCACACCGACGUCUUCUUUUUCCCUUUAGGCCAGUUCUGUUUUUAAAGGUGUACAUGGACUGUGACGGUGUAAGAAACUCCAUAUCCAUAUGCUCCCAUUCGCAUUUUGUAUUGGUUCAUGUAUACCAUUUUUACAAAAAGAAAAGAAAAAAAAAAGAAGUACUAUAAAAUAUCUGUCUUCUUAAUAAAAAAAUUAAUGUUACAAAGUGA